CAAUAUGUUGCUACGCCCACGCCUACUACCACAAAGACCCCGUUGCUCGAUAAGAAGGAAGCUGUAACAUAUUGUAAAUUCAGAGCGGUUCCAUGAAUAAUUCACACUCUUCGGGCCCUGGCCACAACAACUCCUCCGACGUCCUGACAUUGACGUCAAAAACAAAACGCGAACAGCUGGCCAAAUGGCCGCCCACUCUUUUGGCUAAGAGAGCUGCUCGAAAUCUAGCCAAAAAGAGUAAGCUAAGAGAGGGUUUUCCGCGUGGACACUACGUAUAUCUGCGCAUCCUGCAACGCGCAGCGCGUGUAAAUCCGCAUGAAUGGCCGACAUGAAUGGGAAAAUAUAUGUGUAUAUAUAUCUAUAUCUGUAUCUAGAGAGCGAGAGGAGCCAGCGAGACUGGCGCACAUGUAAACCAAUACUAUGUGGGGGCACAAAUUUAAUUAUGCGCGCUUUUUUCCUUGCCUUUUUGCUUUUCUGCUGCCUUGCCAUAUGUUUGGACUUUUGGCAUAGAAAUUGUGUCGCUGGAGCGAGCUAAAUUUGCAAUAGUCGCUGGGUUUCUUUGCAUUCGCUUUGUGCUUUAACCUGUUUUGCAGAUUGCAACGCUUGGCUCAUUGGAAAUGUCAAAGUUAAGCAAUACAACACACCAAUACACCAAAAAUCGUAUUUCGUAUCGUAUAGAUAUAGAUAUAGAGACGUUGAUAGACCAUAUUGAAAGUAUCGUGCACAGCUCGAACUAGUUAUUCAAAUAUGCUCUCGAGAGUCGAUUGUCGAGACUUUUAGCUCCCGAAGUCGAAGUCGCUGUCGAAGUCUGUUGCCAAGCACGUUUUUCUGUUUUCCGUUUCUUGUUGGAUAGUGCACGACGAUACAGUUAACCAGCAUAGACCGGCAGCGCUUAUUUCUGUCUUAUCGUCAUUGGAAAUGCUUGACAAUAAAUUAGAUUUUGUGCAAAUUCUCCCGUCCGAUCGAUCCACUCAAUGGUGUCCGUCCGCCAUGAUGGUGCAAAUAAUGGAAGUAUUCUCUUUCAGAAGAAAUACACCUCGGGCAAAUCGCAGGUUCAUGUGAUUUAUAUCAUAACAAAGGGUAAAGGGGCGAGGAGAAAUGCGAGUUCGAAGAUUGGGUACUCUUCAUCCACUAAAUGAAAAUCGGUAUGCUAUGAAGGAAUGCUUUUUACAUUCGACUUCUUAUAGUUA